CACGCGUACCGCUGACGUCAUCACAUACGCCCUCUCCGCUGAGCGAAAACAUUUGUGUCUGGAGACGUUAGAGACGCGUUUAGAGACUCAUUUGGUACCUUUUCAUCAGGCUGAAUCCGGCUGCCGGGAGGUUUAGAAUAUGGUCUGCGGAGGUUUCACCUGUUCCAAAAAUGCGCUUUGUUCCCUGAAUGUGGUUUAUAUGCUGGUGGGGCUGCUGCUGAUCGGCGUAGCGGCAUGGGGGAAGGGGUUCGGCUUGGUGUCGAGCAUCCACAUCAUCGGAGGGGUCAUCGCGGUGGGCGUCUUCCUGCUGCUCAUCGCCAUCGUCGGGCUUAUCGGAGCGAUACACCACCACCAAGUCAUGCUGUUCUUUUACAUGGUCAUUCUUUUUAUCGUUUUCCUGUUCCAAUUCGGAGUUUCCUGUUCCUGCUUGGCGAUGAACCGCGGGCAGCAGGUGACACUUCUGAACUCUGCUUGGGGAAUGUUGGAAAAUAAAACCAAGACAGACCUGGAGAGCCAGCUGAACUGCUGCGGGCUGCUCAACGUCACCGACAGCCAGAAGCAGUUUGAUACGGAUUUGCAAGACUGCCCUGCUUUAUGCAAAAAGCAGAGUUCCUGUUACACCUGCGGGGAUAUGAUGCUGCAUCAUGCAACGGAGGCGCUGAAGAUCCUCGGGGGCGUCGGACUCUUCUUCAGCUUCACAGAGAUCCUGGGAGUUUGGCUCGCCGUGCGCUACAGGAACCAGAAGGAUCCACGAGCAAACCCGAGCGCUUUCCUAUAGUCUGGCCCCCCCCAGACGUAGGCGCAGCGCGGCAGAAGCGGUUUUAGACACACACUGGUACACAUAGAAUCAUGCACAUCUAGAGGCGCAUCAGGAUUAUAUGCCUGAUGUACCUCACCAACAAUCACAACAACAACAACAACAACAACAACAACAACAAAGAAUGGACAAGCGCAUGCAGCACCUGACAAACACUGAAAAACACACAACACACACCUUCACCUGAGACUGAGAAGCUACAGCAACACCUGUCACCUGUCCGGAAAUCCCUCUCCCUCCUCCUCCUCCUCCUCCUUCACUCCAGACCUCAACCUGGAAGAACUGGAUACUCGUGUAUGAAAGGAUGACUUGUAAUACCGAUAUCGGUAUCGCGACCCAGCCUUGAUUCGAGCGCCAGAUCUCUCCGGAUUGCGGCUUGCUAGUUUGCGACGAGACAUCUCUCUGCAUGCGUCCCACGCCUGCGCAGACAAACGGCCUCUUUGCUGAUUUCAUUCCACAACCAAAUGACUGUGCGGUGUCCAAAAAUUAACUUGUAUGCACCUUGAAUAUCUCUCUCUCUCUCUAAUGUAGUGCCACAACAGAUAUAUUCCUCUGGUCAGUGCUAUCAGUGAUGUGUAGAGCUGUGUACCCAAACAUGUCCAGUGUGAGGAGGCUACUUUUUUUCAGCUGAGUGAGGAGGAGGAGGGGGGAAAGAAAGAUACACACUGGACAUGUGGUGUAAAGUAGUUUUUUUGAAAUGUCUGUAAAUGUGGGUUUGUUUUGUUUUUUUUUCCAGAUGCCACAAAUGCCGGGAUUUAACAGUCUUAGGAAGCAAGAUUAGAUUUUUAGGUGACGUAGUUGCUAGUCAAUCAGGUUCAAAUAUUUAUGAACUGUAACUGAGCCAACUAACUUUUAACAGUCAGAGAUAUAAAGAAUGCCAACGGACUGCAGACUCGAUGUUGUACAUAAUCUUUAAAUACUGUAGUUCACAAAAAAAAAUAAAUAAAUAAAAAAAUCAUUCUCGAUGCAUUUUGCCAUGUAGUUGCCCCUCUAGCUGGGAGGUUUGCCUGCAUAGAUGAGGUCUUCGAAGACCACGACAAUAAUCCACCCCCCCCCCUCCUCUCCUGUAUUUAAUAUGUUCCUUUGUGUCGCACAGUGAUGUCGCUUAGUAUAGUUUCUGGUAGUAGAAAAGUGGAAUCAGGUACGUAUCAUUACCUCCUGUGUAACUGGAAGAAAUUACAAAAAAUGUUUAAAAAAAAAAAAAAAAAAAUUAACAUGAAAUAAUUUUGGCCAAAACUGCUUAUCGCAAACCCAGUUUUGUUUUUAUAGUGUUAAUUGUGAAAUUGUGCUCUUUUGCAAUUCUUUUUUUUUUUUUUUUUUGUAUUUUUGGAAAACAAUAAUUCUUUUGUGUAAUUAUUUUGUUUUCUUAAUCGUAUUCUCCGUUGCCAUGGGCUCUUCUUUUUUUUUUUUUUUUUCAUUCAUCAGUGUUAAAUGCUUUGUAAAAAAGAACUUGUUAAAUAUUUAAGUUAAGUUGGAUGAUGCACAUUAGGCUUAAGUUAAGUUGUAGUUUUGAUGAUAUAACUUUGCUGCCUAACUCGAUGUUUGACAUUUCCUGUAGAGAAAUCACUGCUCAUUAGUUCUCUCUUUUUAAGAUGUGUUUCUCUUUUUGGAUCUUUUAACUUAAGGACUAACACGAACUGUAAUUGUCUUACUUGAACCUGUCAACUACGCCGAUUAUGGAUUUCCUUGCUGCUGGUUUGGAGUUACCGCUGGUGUAAACAAGCAUUUUGACAGAUCUUAAGCAUUAUUAUGCCAUAUAUAUUACACCUCACUUUGAAUUUGUGUGCACUUGUUAUUCAAAUGUAUCUUGAAUUUUUGAGACUUAAUUUUACAAAUAAUAAAACCUCAAAUUGGAAACUUU